UCCGUGCAUUUAAACUGAAUGAAUGGCCGUUGCAGGGUCAGUCUAUUUUUAUUCUGAGGUUCACAGCAAUGGAAUUAUUUGUUUUAGUCUGAUUAAUUCCAUGUAAUGUGUAUGUCAUGUUAUGUUUACGAUACGUUUCACUUGCAAAUGAUUGAUUAAAACACAACGGCGACUCCUGUUGGUCAUGGAAUAACGAGCAGCCUUGCGACAGGGGGGUGACUCGUUGUCUGCAGCCAUCAUCAUCUAUCUACUUUCUUGAAAGAUUGAUCAUCCGCCAUUACGUUGCAGGGAUGGCGAGCCUAAAGCUGAUCUCUGCAACAGACACACAAUAUUCAGCCACGGUGCUGAAGUCAAUGAAUGAACAGCGAAAUCAUGGAUUAUUCUGCGAUGUCACUAUAAUAAUACAGGACCGAAAAUUUAGAGCACACAAAACCAUCUUGUCGGCCUCAAGUACUUAUUUUCACCAACUUUUUUCAGUGGCAGGGCAGGUGAUUGAAUUGAAUUUCAUUCGGGCAGACAUUUUUGAGGAAAUUCUAAACUUCAUCUACAGUUCAAAAAUUGUUAGAGUUCGCUCUGACAUUCUGGAGGAACUCAUCAGUGCUGGCCAGACAUUGGGUGUGAAGUUCAUAGCUAACUUGGGUGUUCCACUGUCACAAGUUAAGGGCUUACCUGGCUUGUCCAAAGACACUGAAAACUCGACUGAUAGACAUGAUGAUGGGUUGAUGAUGCCCAUUAUAACAGAGUCAUUUUCACUUUCAGCUGAGGAGUUCAAUCAGACGGACAAAAGUACGGACAAGGAACAGGACUCGGACAGUGACGAGGUAUUGUUUGUCUCGAAGACAGAUGCCCAGACCAGAGCAAUUGAGAAAUCAAAACAUUCUGAGGUAAUCGAUUUGGAUGCACCUGAUUCCGAGGAAGAGUCUGUUACGAAGAAAAAAUGUGAGGCUAGUCCUGCAAUAACAAAGGAACAGCAGAAAACAGUCAAAGCGGGCCCAACAGAUGGAGACAAAUUGUCCCUCCUCCAUAGCCCUCCUUCAUCCCUUAAAUCCCACAGCCCCAUGAUGUCCCCAGACACCCGCUCUAGUAUACCCCCUCUCCCUGGUGGAUCCUCCUCUGAUGGGCCCACUUCUGGAGGAACCUCCCCUGCCACACCCCAACCCAUCCGGAUCAGUUUCACCCCAGAACUUCACAACACUUCUCUGCCCUCUGAAAAUCAUGAGGUAUUAGGCGUCCACAAGAAGCAGGUUGUUACACCCAGACAAGGAGAUUUCAAAAUAAGGCUCUCAGAUGUAAAGUCACCUGGCCACACUAUAAAUGAAGUAGGUCUUAACAUUUCCAAAUCAGUCAUGGCUGCAAAAAAGACAAUAACACUCGAUAAGGCAUCAGAGAUCGACUCUCUUUCUACAGGAUGUAAAGUUUACGCCAACAUCGGUGAAAAUACAUAUGACAUUGUGCCCAUGAAAGAGGACCCAGGGGAAGGAGGUUCUAAAGGCAGUAAAGGGAAAAGGGCCGUCAUGUCCAACUCUUUGAAAACCUUUGACACCUCUCCCCUCUCACCACAAGGGGGCCCAACCAAGAAAAAAACAAAAACGGAGCAGGAAGAUCACUAUGAGCUCAUCAUGGACGGGAAGACCUUUUUCGUGUGUGUUGUUUGCAAGCGGCCAUACGUGUGUCUGACCAGCCUGAGGCGCCACUUCAACACUCACUCCUGGGAGAAGAAGUAUCCCUGUCACUACUGCGACAAAGUGUUCGCCCUGGCUGAGUACAGGACAAAACACGAGAUCCAUCACACAGGGGAGAGAAGGUACCAGUGCCUGCUGUGCAAUGACAUGUUCAUGAACUAUCAGCUGUUGUCUACCCACUGCAAACAAGCCCACAAUCAGGAUCCCUCGGGGAGGAAAGAAAAGGAUGAUACCAACAACAACUUGUACCGCCUGCUUCCUUGUAAGACUCUCCAGUUGAAGCCCUACUCCUAUGUGUCAGAGGACCCAGACGGGAUUCCCGUCAUCAACGAGGAAGGUGUUGUGCACCACAUUAACCCCAAUACAGGACAGCUGGCAGACCAAGGGCUUCAGUCCUCCACACAGGGCAAGAUGUUGAACUGGGACGACAUCUUUGUGGAGCCUGGUGCCCAUCCUCGGCCAGGUGCUCACCCCCGACCAGCAAGCCACACUAACCCUCCACAACCCCCCCCUCCGCCUCCCUCUGGCUCAUCCGAGUUUGAAUUUGUUAUACCAGAGACAUACUGA